AAAAACACAUGAACAAACAAGUACACUUUGCUUCCAUCUAUGUUUUGCUUGCCGUCUCCUUUUUGUAACAUCCAUGUAAAUUAGGGGCAUCUUGAAACUAAAUAAAUUGAGGUGCUGAGGAGAGGAUAAUCAGAGAAUGCAGUGGUGAAUUGUACAAGACAGUUCCUCUUCUCUCUCCUCACGAGACUUGAACUGGUGUCUUUGCUUCCUUUUUUUCCCAGUUUAAUGAAUGUCUAAUUGGUACACCUGACAGGAAACUUUCUCACCUACAGCUGACAUUACCACUGUCAUGUAGAAGGCAGCACAAGAAGGUUUAAUUCUACAUCAAAUGAAUGUGAAAACUGUAUUUCUGCAUGCACCAAUUGAUUGCAAGGUGUACUUACAAGAGCCUGAAGUCUAUGAGGAAAAAGUCAAAAUCAGGGGAAAGGUUGGUGUGUAAAUUGCAGAAGCCUGUAUGACCUUCAUUAGGCAGGCAUGAACUGGAAUACUCUGUUACAUGCAUAUCUGCAGGGUUCGCACGCGGCCCUAAAAGUCCCUAAAAACCCCUAAAUUUUCGAAGGUGCAUUUAGGAGCUCCUAAAAGUCCUUAAAAUUCGCGAAAACCGGUCAAGCCCCUAAAAAGACCUUACAUUAAAAGAAAUAUCAAAGGGAGGACCUAAACCUCCAAAAUUCUCCCUAAAAAAAUCUUUUAUCUUCCUUCAUCGAGCCAACUUGUAUCACGGGGGAGUGCAUUUUUCAAGAAGCUUGGGUUGAAAGUAAGGAGUUUGGGAGCUGGGUUCGUCGAGAGCCAAAAGAUCGGCACAUGUUUUACUGCCAUCUGUGCAAGCAGAGUUACCAGCUUGAAAAGAUGGGCGUCAAAGCGCUGGAGUCGCACCGGAAAAACAGGAGACACGCUGAUUUGGCGAAGACUCUCAUCUUCCGUUGGAAUGGAUCUGUUUCUAAAAUAUCAAGAUAGUGAAGCAUCAACUUCAGGCAGUGGUACUAGCAGGGCAUGUGCACUAGGGAUCGCAAAAAAACGCUUACUUUAAUAACCCCUUUUAACUGAACAGCUGUAGCAAAAAACUGGUACCAUAGUGGUGUUUACAAAAUUGACCCGCGGGACCUCGAGUUGGGGUGCAGGGUUCCGCACGGACUGUUUUUGUUGUUGCUCUUCCGGAGUGACGAGUUCACAGAGUUCCCCCCGUUAUGCAAGUAGUGUUUUGAUGUCUGGCAAUGAAACAAGUUUUGUUGCUGUGUCCGACACUCUGCCUCCGACUCCUUUUCUCCGGCGCUACACCAUCGAUUGUUAAUUUACUCCGCGGUAAUGGGGUAGUUUGUAUACAAUAUUGACAAACAACCUUGUUGAAUGUGGCUUUCAACAACGCACUCAUGUAAGUGAAAUUUUCAUUUUUUUUUUUAUAAAAAUGUUUUAAUGUUGACAUUCUUCUUUCGGACUUUCAGAAAGGACAUGAAAGUAAACCGAGCGUUUCCUCGAUGCCAUGUUUGAUGUUUCUUUGAUUUAAGUGAAUGUCCUUUUGAGUCCAACUUUACUCUUAACAGCAAAACCUGAAAAAAGUGGAAAUGAUGUUGAAAAAAUAGCGCCAUGUGGUUUACCGAAACCGGAAGAAAUGAUUGGAAAUUUGAACCGAUUUCGAAAGCCCGAUUACGGUUUCGGUUUUAAAAAAACAAAAAACGGUUAUAACCGGUUAUUUGUAACCGGUUGCAAUCCCUAAUCCGCACCUACAGUUGUCCAGCCAUCGACUUCAACCAGCCAGAAGUCAGGCUUUAUGAACGGAGUUCAAUACACAUAGACGGACUCGUAAAGGCAGAGAUCGUGUGGACUUUAAAAGUGAUCUGCAGCCAUUACAGUUACAAAUCUUGUGAAAAUAAUUCAAAAGUGUUUGCAGUCAUGUUCCCAGACAGUGACAUUGCUAAAAACUACCACUGUGGGGAAAGGAAGACUUUGUACCUGGCUACAUUUGGCAUCGCUACCCACUUUUCAUCUCUACUGCCUCAAAGCCUAAAAAGACAGAAUGGAGACUGACAUAUCAACGCUUAUUGAGAAGGCUGACAGGCUGUGUGAGGAGGCAGAAGAAAAGAAGAAUCUGAGGUUUAUCACCGACGCCAAUGCACUCAGAGGCAGCGCAAAGGACAAGAGAGCCACUUUGGCACCUCUGCUGCAACAAAUAGAGGAGGCACUGGGUAGUCUCAAGGAGCUAGAGUAGGGGUGCUGAAACAGACAUCAGUAGAAGACAUUUGUGUAUAUCGUUGCAAUUGUAGUUAGAAUCUGUUUCUGUAUACUGUUAUGUGAAGACGUUGACAAUGGUCAUAUCAAUGAGAACUACCACAAGGGGCGACAGGUGAUCACUGUCACAGGUACUGAGAUACUAGAACAUUUGAUGAACCAAGAACGGUUGAUGGCACCAUUGGGUGAGUCUUUUUUCCUUACUCUUGAUUUCCCACGAUGGCCCUAAAUUUUUCGUGUCAGCCCCAAAGAAUGCCCCUAAAAAGCCCGUAAAUUUUUUUGGUCAGACAGAGUAUGAACCCUUAUUCUGUCUGAAAAUUGUUUUAAUCAAAAUCUUAACGAUAACUGUCUACACUUAAGGGAAAGACAAAAUGAAAAAGUUAUUCUGAUUGUGUGGGUUCAUGAUAAUGUUAUCGCUGUUAAUACUGAGGAGAAAAGUGUUAAAAGGAUGCUCACUGAAAGGUUUAAAAUUCAAAUAGUCAGAUGAUCAAGAUACUAUAAUUCGAGAAAUAUGUCAACAAAAUUCUCAGAUUUGGUAUGCAAGAUUGUAGACCUCGAGAGACCCCAUACGAGUCUAAACUUGAAUACAGUGAUGAUGCUAAAAGAUUGGAAGAGCCAAGAGUGUAUAGAGAGGCUGUCGGAAGUUUGAUGUAUUUGACCACUUGUACGAUUCCAGACUUAAAGUGCAACUGACACCCAAAUAUACAUUUUAGAAUAGAUAUUGUUUUGAAAACUACAUAUAUUAUUCACUUCAGUGUCUAUACAAAAUAAACAAUGAGCGGAGAGCGUGUCAUUAAUGCACGAAGUUGCGGAAGUCUCACUCGACAUCACAAUGGUGGCCAUAUUGCCUGCAACGUCAUUUUCAGAUGUCACACUGGGAGAGUCACCAUUGAAAACACGCUGUGCCACCUGCUGUGGGAGAUGAACGAGAGAGAUUUUUGGAUUUUUCUGACGCCCCUUCUGAGACUGAAGCUCUUUUUCGAAGAAGAGAACAUAUCAUAAUUGAGUGAAGUGACCAGGGCCAUAUUCCCCGAUCGUUUCGAGCCAUAUUUAGAUAUGCAGAUCACUUCUAACUAACAACAGACUCCCGACUGACUGACGAGGAACCCGAUGAAAUAUUCAAAAUGACAGGCCUAUAAUUGUUUGAUUUCUUAACUCUUUUACAAGUCUUACAACUCUCGUGUAUGUUGCAUACUCAGGAGGACCUAUGUCGGGUGAAGUAACUACUUCAGGGGUGCCUAGUCACUUUCUCCUCCCCCCACGAGGCCAAACCACCCCCCCCCCAUCCCGAUCUACCUCUGUGUUGGGGCUAACGCCAGCCACUGGCGAAAUGACACGGAUCUUUUGUUACGUUCUGAGAGAAGGAUUACGUCAUCCGAUGCGGACGGAGCUUUUUAAUAAUACUGCUGCUUUCGGACAAGUACACGGAAACCACACAUUCCUGGAACAUUUGCUGAAAAUACCGUGUUUGAGUUUGGUGACUAUACGUCGUUUGGCUAGUUAGCUCGUGUUACACAUUACUAAACUUUUUAUACUUUUAAUUUGUUACUGGUUUGUCUUGUAUUAUAUUGUGUGUGAUUAAAUUGUCUAAACGCAAUACAAGUGCUUUGUUAUAUUUUAUUGGUUUGACCAUGGGGAUUUAUUCUAAAUUAUCACGUAACAUAUGCUAUGAAGUGUGAGAUAAAUUAGUCCCCCUCCCAACUACUAUUUUUUUUUAACAGCUCAAAACACACUUACCUGUCAUUUAGAACCCACAAAACUCUUGUCCUUGGCACCUGUGCAAUCUAUUUUUCACGACAAACCUCUAAGGAGUCUUUUGGAAACUGUCACGACCCAUCGGAACGGAGGUAGGACCUAAUUGCAGGAGUACUCGGGAGACGCAGAGGUAAUUCUUCCCGUAUUAAUUAUUAUUAAACGUUUAUUGUUCCACGGUCGGGGAUCUGACAGGCAGUCAAGUGCAGCAGCGAUAGUCAGGGCGUCAGUCGUAGGGAGCAGAUCAGCGGGCAGACAGGAGUCGGUACACGGGAGAUCGAUCAAAGCAGGCAGGAGUAUCAAAGAAGUCAGGCUUAGGGGAUUGGUCGGUGGUCGGUGCACACGGGAAUACGAUCAGAGAUACGGGAGUGCUGGAACGGGGCAUGACCCGCAACGAUCUCGCCCGGACCAGUCGUCCCCAUGGUCCUAUAUACACUGGGGCCAAUCAGCCAGCAUGAAGCGCAGGUGUGUGCCUCCCAAUCAGCGCGGGCACCCACGCAGCCAGGGCUGGACCGGCAGGAUCAUGACAGAAACAUGUGAAGAGUAAUCCAUCUUCCCAAGUGUUCGAGCAAAAUCCAGCAAUACAAUGAGCCUGAUUUUUGGCUAACACGCAGAAAAAAAAAAACAGGUAACUGCUUGCCGGUACAAUAGGUAUAGAGACUCGACCCUACUACUGCAAAAUAACAUGACUUCCUGGUUCUUCCUCAACACAAAAUCCUAGAGACACUUUCCAUGGUGGGAGAUGAAAAAAACGAUAUACGGCAACAUUGUGAUUUGCUGUGAAAAAACGGAUGGGUCCAUUCCACAUGAUUAUUUUUGGUUAAAAACUAAAUUUUGUUUUUAGAUGUCAGUGGCACUUUAAGUUUCAUGGUUAGCAAACUUAAUAUCUUGGAAAAACAAGUGAAGAACAUUGGAACACGGUGAAGCAUGUUUUCAGGUAUCUUAAAGACACAACACACUGCAUUAUGUUUCAAAAGGGAGAGCACAGAUGCCCUGGGCCUGAUAGUCCGUAGUGAUGCAGAGUGGGCAUUCGAGGCCGCAGACCGACGUAGCACCACAAGCUACUGUGUCAGUUUGAGUAAGAGAAGCUCUUUUAUAUUGUGGAAAAGCAGAAAACAAAUGACUGUAGCACUAUCUACCCGCGAGGCAGAAUACAUGGCUUUAGCAUCAGCUAUACAGGAGUGCAUGUACUUACAACAGAUGCUCAAAGGAAUUGAUCAAUCUCAAUAUGCUAAAACCAAGGUAUUUGAUCACAACCAAGGAGCUAUUGCACUAGGCAGGAACCUAGUUAACUGACAAAAGUGAAAACAUAUUGAUAUAAAAUAUGAUUUCAUACAUGAAACUCAAUAAGGGGAAGAUUUGUCUAAAAUAUUGCUCCAGUGACAAUAUGAUUGCUGACUUGAUAACAAAACCAGCCUCCAAGCUAAAACUGAAGACGUUUGCACGAUAUUUGUUUGGCACUUAAUGUGCAAGAAAUUUGUAUAAUUUUUGUCAUUGUUUUAUUUACAUACCACAUUAAGCUUAGGCCAAGUGGGGGUAAAAAUGUCAUGUGUUAUGUGUACUCUGCAUUGUUACCCUGACCACUAUAUAUGUAUGUUUUUUCUGUAUUGUUCCGUUCCCGGGUCAGUUAAUAAAGAAGUGUGAAGCAAAGCAGAGUGACCUAACCGAAAAUAAACAUAACUGGAUAAAGCUAAAUACAAUAAGUUCUCCAGGAACUAUUACAAAAGCUCCCUGCGUACAACAUACCUGACCAUAAUAUUGACAUCCUGUUUGUUUUUAAAUGAAAUCAGUUCGAAAAAUUGAAUCAAUUUUAAAGUUUAUUGGGUUUUUCCUCCCUCCCCCCUAAGUACUGUACAUAAUCCACGCUCCAGAACAGUAGAUGGCGGGAAUGUAUCUUGAGCGUUUAAUACCACCUACCAACGAAGAAGAAGAAAAUUAGAAGGUGGUGAUGGCGGAUACAUUAGUGUACACAUGCGUGGUGUUGAGUUCCAGCCAACCCAUUUGACUUUUUAUUUCUGCAAGUCUGGUAGUCUGAAGAUUUCUACCGGCUAUGGCGUUACGUUUGAUUGCCAGGAGGAUGUUUAGUACCGUUGGAGAAAUUCCAUUCUCUUGUCACUCAAAGAGUCGCUGGGAAAAACUGAAAAAUACCAAAGCAGCUGGAUGUCAAGAUACCUGAGGUUUCCAGGGCCCGAGUCGACGUCCAGGUAAAGACAGUGGCCACGGCACUUGAGACCCUUUCCCGGACUGGGCCUCGACUUUGCGUCUGGAGGCUGAGGGUUGAAGAGAAGCCGAAGGAAGUAAAGGCACCUCUGCCGUUCUGCGUUUAUUCUGAGAGAGAGCUGGAGCUAUCCCAGCUAACUUCGGGCAGCGGCAGACUACAGGCCGAACUUGUCGCCAGCCAGUCGCAGUGCAGAUAUCGACACCAUCAUGAGCGGGAAUCAAUGCCACACUACCUGCACUCAAAACGGACCUCUGAGAGAAACCCAAACUACAAUGUGGCCAGCAAGAGAAAUGAGUUUGACACCGUUGCAUUACACCAUCAGAUGGAAAAAAAAUAUUUUUAACAAGUUACUCUGCUUUAAUAACUUUAUUAUUGCCAUUUGUCUAUUCAUCCUAUGUGUGUUUAUGAAUUAACAUCUACUGUACAUGCAGUUUUACCCAAGCACUGGCAUAGAGUGAGCAAGAGCUGAAUGACAUGGACAAAAUAGCAGAAAGAAACACAUGGAUACACCUUACACACACUGUAAAAGGUCAUCUCAGCUGAGUCACCCAAAGGGAUAGGUGAGCAAAGUCCAGCAUACGGUGGGUGCAGAUUUAUAGUAUCUGAAAAUACCUGAAAGCUCGUGAAGAUUUAAAAGUCACCUGACGCAUUUAGGGGUGACUUGGUCGACAUGACAGGUUCGCACGCGGCCCUAAAACUCCCUAAAAACCCCUAAAUUUUCGAAGGUGCAUUUAGGGGCUCCUAAAAGUCUUUAAAAUCCGCGAAAACCGGCCAAGCCCCUAAAAAGGCCUUAAAUUUAAAAAAAAAAAUCAAAGGGAGGACCUCUACCGCCAAAAUUCUCCCUAAAAAAUAAAUUAAUCUUUUAUGUAAAAAAAAUUUGUGAUCCGUCUGGCGUCCAAAUCAGCCGGAAAUUGUCAACGGAAGUCACCGUGUUGACAACUAGUCGCCAUCUUGUCGAUAUUCCAUUGUUUGUUUCCGUGAGUAGGCAUUUCACUUUGUCUUCGUUACGACGUAGCGUAGUUCUUUCAUCGAUUCAACUUGUAUCACGGGGAAGUGCAUUUUUCAAGAAGCUUGGGUUGAAAGUAAGGAGUUUGGGAGCUGGGUUCGUCGAGACCCAAAAGAUCGGCACAUGUUUUACUGCCAUCUGUGCAAGCAGAGUUACCAGCUUGAAAAGAUGGGCGUCAAAGCGCUGGAGUCGCACCGGAAAAACAGGAGACACGCUGAUUUGGCAAAGACUCUCUCAUCUUGCGUUGGUAUGAAUCUGUUUCUAAAAUAAGAUAGUGAAGCAUCAACUUCAGGCAGUGGUACUAGCAGUGCAUGCGCAGUAGGGAUCGCAAAAAAAAGCUUACUUCCAUAACCGGUUUUAACUGAGCAGCUGUAGCAAAAAAAACAGUACCAUAGUGGUGUUUACAUAAUUCACCCGCAGGACCUCGAGUUGGGGCGCGGGGUUCCGCACAGACUGUUUUUAUUGUUGCUCUUCCGGAGUGACGAGUUCAGAGUUCCCCCCGUUAUGCGAGUAGUGUUUUGAUGUCUCCCAAUAAAACAAGUUUACUCCCAUACUUUGGAGCGUUUCCUCGAUGCCAUGUUUGAUGUUUCUUUGAUUUAACUGAAUGUUCUUUUGAGUUCAACUUUACUCUAACAGCAAAACUUGAAAAAAGUGGAAAUAAUGUUGAAAAAAUAAUGCAAUGUGGUGUACCGUAACCGGAAGAAAUGAUUGGAAAUUUUAACCGAUUUCGAAAGUCCGAUUACUGUUUCGGUUUUAAAAAAACGGUUAUUAUUUGUAACCGGUUGGGAUCCCUAAUGCGCACCUACAGUUGUCCAGCCAGAAGUCAGGCUUUAUGAACGUAGUUCAAUACACAUAGACGGACUCGUAAAGGCAGAGAUCGUGUGGACUUUAAAAGUGAUCUGCAGCCAUUACAGUAACAAAUCUUGUGAAAAUAAUUCGAAAGUGUUUGCAGUCAUGUUCCCAGACAGUGUCAUUGCUAAAAACUCCCACUGUGGGGAAAGGAAGACUUUGUACCUGGCUCCAUUUGGCAUCGCUGCCCACUUUUCAUCUCUACUCCCUCAAAGCCUAAAAAGCCAGAAUGGAGACUGAUAUAUUAACGCUUAUUGAGAAGGCUGACAGGCUGUGUGAGGAGGCAGAAGAAAAGAGGAAUCUGAGGUUUAUCACCAAGGCCAAUGCACUCAGAGACAAAGCAAUGGACAAGAGAGCCACUUUGGCACCUCUGCAGCAACAAAUAGAGGAGGCACUGGGUAGGCUCAAGGAGCUAGAGUAGGGGUGCUGAGACAGACAUCAGUAGAAGGCAUUUGUGUAUAUAGUUGCAAUUGUAGUUAGAAUCUGUUUUUCUGUAUACUGUUAUGUGAAGACGUUGACAAUGGUCAUAUCAAUGAGAACUACCAUAAGGGGCGACAGGUGAUCACUGUCACAAGUACUGAGGUACUGGAACAUUUGAUGAGCCAAGAACGGUUGAUGGCACCGUUGGGUUAGUAUUUUUUUCUUACUGUUGAUUUCCCACGAUGGCCCUAAAUUUUUCGUGUCGGCCCUAAAUUUUUUCCCGUGUCAGCCCUAAAUUUUUCAUGUCAGCCCCUAAGAAUGCCCCUAAAAAGCCCUUAAAUUUUUUUGGUCAGACUGAGUAUGAACCCUGCAUGACUUCAAAAUAGCCAAAUAAUAUGAUAGCAUGUUGGGCUGCAACAUUGACAGCCGUAAUAAUAUUUUUGUUCAAAUGGUACUUUUGUAAAUCUGACAAAAACACAUAACAGAACCAAUAAUUUUCUCAGUCAGCUAUGCCUACCACACAUAAGAUAAAGAGGCACAACCUCAUUUCAAAUAACAUUGAUAAACAAGUAUGCCACAGUCACUGAGGCACGAGGGAAGGACUUCAUGUGUGCCUCCUAAUGAAUCAGUUCAGCACCAUUUUAAUUCCUUGGCCGAGUCUAAUUGCUGGGGAUUCCAUCUAUGGGCUUAUGCUAAAAGAAACCCCCAUCUUCUUCUCACCAUUUGCCAAUUUAAUGCUAUCCUAAACCCGAAUGCUAUAAAAAAGACUCUGUAUACUAUGGAGGGAGUUGAAGUAUUUUCACCGAAAAAGCGGGAUGAACAUUCUAUUAUUAUUAUUGUUUUGUUUUGGGUUUUUUUACAAAUAGGAAACAACUGGCUGUUAUUAAUGUAGAAUGCAUUCCAUCAGAAAUCCCAACAUAGUGUACCCGGUAGGUAAUGACUAAAACAACUCCUAACACCACAAAAAAAAAUGGAAUCGUGUUUAUCCAACAACUAAGGCAGUAAAUGAUAAACGGAUAUUUUGUACUAAUGUUGCAUGAGCUAAUUUCUCCUGUGUUAGCUUUACUAGGACUGGUGUUAAGGUGGGAAGUCUCAACAAAACAUGGUGUCAUGAUAUCCAUCUGCAAACUUCCCCACUGCUCCCAUGCAGCGAUGUGUGGUGGUGGUGGUGGUGGUGUGUUGGUCAAACGUUGUAUGACGCACUGAUAAAUGCACCAGAAACGUGUACAGUGGUAUCACUGCUCUUAUCUGUGACUGUGUUUCCUUCCAAAGCAGAGGAUAUACAAUUGGCCGCAUCCAUCUUUGGACCUCCCCUCGGUUUCUCCCAUAGGUGAAGGUCCUCUUGGAAAGAUGGAGAUCUGACAUACAUUGAUGCAAUUGGCAUCCCACCAAGCGAACCAGAUGAGUAUAACUUGGCUAACCAGAUUGCUGCAGGAUGGGAAUCCAUCUAGUUAUGGAUAACUCAGAAUAAAAACUUUGACAGAAUCAACUACAUACAUUACAAUGUACAGAAACUAGGUAAUUAUCCGGAAGCAGGCUUUAUUGCCAUAAAGGAACAACCAGCUGCAACCUCACUCAUGGCGUUCCACAACCGCAUAGCGGUCGACAUGCUCCUGGCCGAGAAGGGUGGCGACUGCUCAAAUUUUGGUGACCAGUGUUGUUCAUUCCAAAUAUCACAGCUCCUGAUGGGUCACUCACAAGAGCCAUUCAAGGCCUCCGCACCCUGAGCCACAAGAUGAAGGAGCACUCUGGUAUGAACACAUCAGCCUGGUCUGAGUGGUGGGGGGAAAAAAAAAAAAAAAGUUUGGCAAAUCUAAAAUAUUUGGUGUUCUGUGUCCUCGUUUCUACAGCUUUUUGCAGCUAUUCUUGCAUUGUGUGGAUGUUGUUGUAUUCCUUGCAUAAAGGCAUCACUUAACCAAUUUAUAACCACUGAUAUUUCCCCAACAAAUUAAAAACUGGCAGAAAUAUAUCCACUAUUGGCACAACAGGGUAAUGACAGUGAUAUUGUUGAACACGAUGAUGACGUCAUGACUUCUCUUCCAGACGUUCUCUGAUCCAGAAGAUUACAAGUAAUUAGAGCUAUAUUUUCCUCUGAGUGUAAUUAUGUAGAAUAAAGCAGAAAGGGUGAUCUAUUAGAUGAUGUGAGGAUUUGAGCAAAUGUAGGAUAUAAAGGAGGAUAGUGUAGAAAUAAUUGUAAAUAGAUUUAAGUAACUGCUUCUGUCUGCAAUGAAGAAAUGCUUUGCUCUGCUCCAAUUCAGUUACUUUCCUGCCUGCAAUGAAGAAUGCUUUGUUCUGCUCUAGAAAACGCGGUAGCAAAUGUAGGAUAAACAAGGGGUAAAUGUAGGAAUAAUUGUGAAUAUAAUCAUCAUACAUCUGCUUCCAAUACAGAAAUGCUUUGCUCUGCUCUAGAUAACGUGGCAGCCGCCGAGCAGGAGACAACAAGAACAAAAACGUCUAAUCAUCAGAACUAUUAGAACUGCUCCCUGUUAAAGAAAUGAUGACCACACAUGUACUCAGCAAUCUUUCACACACAUGCACACACACAUGAACAAACAAGUACACUUUGUUUCCAACUGUUUUGCUUUCCGUCUCCUUUUUGUAAAAUCCAUGUCAAUAAGGGGCGUCUUAAAACUAGAGGUGCUGAGGAGAGGAUAAUCAAAGAGUGCAAUGGUGAAAUGUACAAGACAGUUCCUCUCCUUUCUCCUCGCGAGACUUGAACUGGUGUCUUUGCUUCCUUUUUGUCUAGUUUAAUGAAUGUCUAAUUGGUAAACCUGACAUCUUAUCAAUUUGCCUGAAAUAAAAACAUUUUUGACUGACUUAUUGCACCUUUUGAUGGUGAAAAAUAAAAUUAAAUAAAAUCAAAUUACUUGAAAUUCAGUUCAGAAACAAUAACUUAAGAGCACAAUAUAUAAAACACUUGAGCUUACAAACCAAAAAUAAAUCUAUGCUGUGGGUUUAUCUGCACUAAGCAAUUUGGUAUGUGACCUUGUAUGAUACUCACUGGUAAACUGAAGUAACUUUCACAAAGUGGGAUGAUUGUGGGCAAUAUUCGGCACGUUUUUGCUGAAAAAAUUCCAGAGGCUUAUCAGUAUGACUGGGGUGUAAUCUGUAAGUGGCGCAUUAAUUUAUUUUUUAUGUUGUCCGUUGCCAAUAUUUUUUUUCUUUCCUCGUCUCCCACUGCACAGGAAAGCCGAUUGCUACAUUCGCUUCAUCAUAUUUCCUUGUCUUCGCUUUUGGGUGACUUUCUUUUGUCUCAUUGUCUUUGUCAUAGUUGUUUUGGAGUCAUACUUUAUCUGGUCCCUCACCUAGGACCUUUUUGUCAUGAAUGGCCCUACCAGGGGUGUCAAGCCCAAGACAACUUGGGUCCGAGGAUCAUUCUGACACACAAAACCCUCCACCACAUGAAAGUGACGUGAGACAGAUCUUCAAACAACUAAACAUCAACCAAGCACCGGGCCCAGACCUUAUAUCCCCAUCCUGCCUCGAAGUCUGCGCAAGACCAACUUGCUCCUGUCUUCACAAAGAUCUUCAACAGGUCUCUACAACUGUGUGAAGUACCAACCUGCUUCAAACGCUCCACCAUUAUACCAGUCCCCAAAGAAGCACCAGUCUCAGGUCUUAUUGACUACAGGCCUGUUGCCUUGACGUCCGUGGUGAUGAAGUCCUUUGAACGGCUUGUGCUAGACCACCUCAAAAGCGUCACAGGUCCCCAACUGGACCUACUGCAGUUUGCCUAUCGAGCUAACAGGUCUCCGGGUGAUGCUGUCAACAUGGGUUUUCACUUCAUCCUUGAACAUCUCAACAGCGAGGGUACCUAUACGAGGAUCCUGUUCGUGGACAUCAGCUCUGUGUUUAACACCAUCAUCCCUGAACUCCUCCAAACUUCUCCAGCUCAUCAUCUCGCCUGCCAACUCCUAGUGGGUCUACAAAUUCCUGACAGGCAGGACUCAGCAGGUGAGCCCGGGGGAGACAACCUCAUCUACGCAUACUAUUAGCACUGGGGCACCCCAAGGAUGAGUCCUCUCUCCUCUGUUCUUCUUUUUCUACACCAACGACAGCACCUCGUGGCAUCUGACAGUCAAACUCCUGAAGUUCGCAGAUGACACCACGGCCAUCGGCUUCAUCAAAGACAACGACGAGUAUGCAAAUCAACAGGAAGUGGUGAGUCUGGAGCUUUGAUGUGGUCAACACAACCUUGCGUUCAACACUCUAAAGACUUUACAAGAGGAGAGGAGGCAUCCUUCACCAAAGCUGCCCCUGACGCUGUCCAACUGACUUGUGUCAACUGUCGAGACCUUCAAGUUCUUGGGAAUUACUGUCUCAGAGGACCUGAAGUGGGAGACAAACAUCAAUUCCGUCCUUAAAAAAGCCCAGCAAAGGAUGUGCUUUUUCUGGCUUCUGAGGAAGCUCGGCCUGUUACAAGAGCUGCUGAGACAGUUCUACACAGCGGUCAUCCAAUCAGUACUGUGUACCUCCAUCACAGUCUGGUUUGGGGCUGCCACAAAAAAGGGCAAACUCUGACAGCAAUGGACAAUCAAAACCGCUGAACGGAUUGUUGACAUCACUCUACCCACUAUUGAGGAGUUGCACUCAACACGUACUAGGUCCAGAGAAGGUAGGAUCCUUUCGGAGCCUCCAUAUCCUGGCCACCAGCUCUUCCAGCUCCUUCUGUUGGGAAGGCGCUACGGAUCAAUGAAAGUCAAAACUACCUUGUAUUCGAUCAGUUUUUUCCCUCUUGCAAUUAAGUCAAAUUCUUUAUGAGCAAACCUACUAUUUUUCUGCCUUGAGCCAUGCUAGGACACUCACUCAGAUCCUGCUGGUCCAAUCCCACGAUUCAUCACUUUAAACUGUUCCCUUUGCACAAUUUUCAUUGCACUCGUCUAUAACGGAACUGCAAAUGGGUAAAGGUACUCUGUACAAGCUAAACACAAUGUGGAAUGUUGACACACUUAUCUCUUACCUGUUCUAAAUUAUUAUAAGGAAUAAUUCCUAUCAACAGAAAUGUCUUGUUUUUGUUCUUAUUGCUUUGUUGUUGUUUGUUCUGAAUGUCGUACCAGGGUAGUACUGACAGCCGGAGAAAAAUUCCUUGUGUGUUUUUACACACUUAACCAAUAAAGCUGAUUCUGAUGGGUCCCACUUCCCAUGGGCUCCCCACCUGUGAGAGGGGCCAUAAGGGUUGGGGGUGAUGUGAGCCUUGGCAAUCCAAUCCCCGGCUAUGGAAACUACCUGGAAUGGAAUGUCACCUCUUUGGCAGGGAAAGAGCCCGAGUUGGUGCGUGAGGUUGAGAAGUUCCAACUGACUAUAGUCGGUCUCGCCUCUAUGCACCACUUGGGCUCUGGUACCACUCCUCUUGAGAGGGGUUGGACUCUGUUCCACUCCGGAGUUGCCUAUGGUGAGAGACCCCGAGUGGGUAUACUCAUUGCCCCCCGGCUCGGGGGCUGUACGCUGGGGGUUUACCCCGGUAGAUGAGAGGGCAGCCUCCCUCUGCCUUCUGUUACUGGACUUCUGUGCUCAGUCUGUGUCAAUAACAAAAAACAUGUUCAGGCAUAAGGGUGUCCACAUGUGCACCUGGCACCAGGACAUCCUAGGUCACAGUUCAAGGAUUGACUUUGUGGUCGUGUCAUCGGACUUGCGACCGCAUGUCCUGGACACUCGGGUGAAGAUAGCAGCGGAGGUGUCAACUGAUCUUCAAUGGUGGGGGAAGAUGGCGGUCUGACGUGGCAGGCCCAAACGUAUCUCAAGACAACUGAUAGGUCCCUGCUGGCCAAGCGGAAUGCAACUUUGGUGGUUACUGAGGCAAAAACCUGGACAUUGGAGGAGUUUGCUGAGUCCAUGGAGAACGACUUCAAGAUGGCUUUGAGAGAUUCUGGUCCACUGUCCAGCAUCCCAGGAGGGGGAAGCAGUGCACUGUCAACACUGUGUAUUGUGGGGAUGAGGAAGUGCUGACCUCAACUCGGGAUGUUUCGUCGAAGACCUCCUCAAUUCCACUAACACACCUUCCCAUGAGGAAGCUAAGUCUGGGUUCUCUGGGUGACGGCUCUCCACCUUCUCGGCAUAGGUAAGGGGCUCAUAUGAUUGAUUUCACGCAAUGUCAACCGUGUUUUGAGAACUUGCAUUUGGUCGAAAUAAAUAUGCCAGUUAUUGAGGCUAAAUAGCAUUUGGGAACGUUGGUCUUUUGUUGAGUGUCAUCUUUGUCUCCUGACCGCCGACCAGCACCGAUCCUUUCAAUAAAACAUUUUUGGCGUUGUCGGCAGGAUCGUGCAGGCUACGCGCAGGACAUAAAAACAGGAUGCGUUGUUUUAGAAGGAAAACUAAGGGUGCGCAAGAGGCACCAGAGGAGGAGGUGGCGCCCGGGUGGGAAGGAAUCACUUUCCGAGAGAUAGAAGCUGUCUUACGGGAGCGUGGGGGACGCCCCGGACCAUGGACAGGAGUGAAUCCCGCUGCCACGCCGCUGGCAUUAUGUGAUAUGUUGAAGCGGGUGGAUGUGAAUGCUCGUGCUCCGCUGGGAGGCACCCAGCAGAUGUUGUGGAUGUGUGCGGAAGCUUGGAAAAAUUGCGUGUUGGAGUUGGAUAAGGUUAGAAGUGCAGAAAAUCAAAAGGCGCAAGAGGUUAUCCAGCUAGAGGUUACAGUGAAAGAAUUAAAGGAGCAUUUGGCAAAAAUGCAGAGUAUAACGGAAAGAGCUGUAAUGCAUAUCUCCCGAGUGGCGCGAAGAGGGCGAAAGAAGAAACCUCGUAAAAUAGAACAAGCGCAAAUCCGUUCAUUAACCACUGGGCUGUCAGCGCAGUGGAAUCCGGAGGAGUGGAACGGGGAUAUGUGGGGGGAUGAUGAUGAUGAUAAUGAUGUUGAUGAUGAAUAUGAUAGAGGUGUAAGACCGGACCUGCCACCACAGACCGGGUUGUAUCCCUCGUUAAGGGGGCUGCAGAUACACCCUAUCACGCAACGAAAAGAGCAGCGACGCGUGAUACCGGAUCGAAUCCAGGAUCUGAUGGGGGCGGACGGUCGACCGAUUCUGGAUGAAAAUGGCGAGCGAGUGCAGGGGCUGGUCCCACAAGCGCAGCCAGAGCCAGAAUUGUUUAUGACUAGAGAAGAUUAUACACAGGAAGAGACUACUCAUAUUGUAACAAAGUAUCGUCAGAAACCGGGCGAACCGAUCGAUGUUUGGCUCAUUCGGUUGCUAGAGGAAGGAGCUGAUGCCGUUAUUAUAGAUGCUGGGGAUUAUCAGUGGUUCGCAGCGCUUUCCACCGAUAGCCAGCUAAACGCGGAAUUCCGGGGAAUUUGCAGAGUCAUGGGCGGUGAUGUAGGGCUCCCUCUCUCGGCGUUAUAUGGGGCAGCCACGCAGCUGAUAUUUCCAUCAUAUCAAGAUUGGCCAGAACUGAGAGGGCAAUGGUCAACCAUCAGGGAUGCAGUGAUGAGAUUGACACGGUUGUGUAUGAGGCACUCAAUUUCGAGUGAUGGCUCUGUAGAAAUAAGAGAUGGGGAGGUCCCGAAAAUGAUCCGGGAUGCGAUAAUACGUGAUGCUCCCCCACAUUAUAGAGCGGCGGUAUUAACUAUUUUGUUGGGAGCCGCUGACCUGACAUUCUCGAUGGUGAAAAGUAGGUUGGCGGAGUUAGCAACGCUCGGAGACUGGUCUAACGUGAGUGCACCGUGUGAUCGUGAACCACGUGAAAAAUCGAGGGAAAAUCGGAACAGUUUCGCGAAAAAUGGAAAACCCGAGGGAAGCAGAAGUGAUAUGUGGAGGGCACUAUUCAAAGCAGGGGUUCCAGCUGAGGAAAUUGACGGGGUUCCUACGUCAGCACUUGCUGAAAAAUGCAGACAGAAGGGACUGCAGGUUAGAUGUUUCUCUGGAGGAGGCUUUCCUCAAAUGACGAUGGGCGUGGCGGAGUUAACCAGUAUGCUCAAAGAGUUGAUAAUGCCCCCUGCCAUUGUCCCUCCUACCAUUCCUUCUAUUGCACCUCCCACAGCACCUCCCUUACCACGGGAGGAGGAGGAGAGUUCGUCAAGCGAGGAGGAGGAAGUGAGGCAAGUAGCAGCAGUGCAGCGACGGAAAAAGGGGAAGAAAGGCAAAAAUAAACGACGCCAUCAUAGUGAUGAAUAGGAUGAUGGCCAAGCCCUGGUAGCUCGUCAACAUCCGGCUCAGCGAUGGUCUGCUAGUGAUAUUAGACCUCAUGUGAGGAUGGAAAUUUAUUGGGAUAAAUCAGUUCAAACAGUAACAGCGUUAGUAGAUACCGGGGCGGAGGCCUCAAUAAUUUAUGGAAAUCCAGAGAAAAUGAAAGGACUCCUAGUACCAUUAACAGGACUAGGAGGAAAAGUGGUUUAUGGAAAACAUGUAAACUGACCUUUGAAAAUCGGAAAUAUGCCUGUAAAAACAUAUAUUGUGAUUGUAACCCCUAUCCUAGAGUGGAUAGUGGGCAUAGAAAUAUUAGCCGGAAUGACACCUUAUUUGACAGCCGGGAGAUUUGAAUUCGGUGUAAAUCCACUAAAAAUUCAUGCAAUAUUGGUGGGUAAAGUAAAAAUGCCACCUUUUCCGAUACCACAAGCUACACAGGUAGUUAGUCAAAAGCAAUACCGGAUACCUGGAGGACAGGAAGAAAUUUCGGUGACCAUUAAACAAUAUUUAGAAGCUGGUGUAUUGAAAACGGUGACGACAAACUGGAACAAUCCGUUGUGGCCAGUCAGGAAAUCAGAUAACUCUUGGAGGAUGACAGUAGAUGACAGAGGAUUGAAUAAACACACACCUGCAUUGACUUGCGCGGUGCCCGACGCAGUGACAAUUAUAGAACGAGUGCAACAUUAUCCCGGAACGUGGUAUGGGGUCAUAGAUUUGGCUAACACAUUUUUCACUAUUCCCAUUCCUGAGGAUAGGAUGAAUCAAUUUGCGUUUACCUGGGAAGGGCGCCAAUACACGUUUACCAGACUACCUCAGGGUUAUUUACAUAGUCCCACAAUCUGCCACCGGGUGGUAGCAGAGCACCUGGAAAAGCUAAAAGUUCCUAAAGAAAUAAUGAUAUCAUAUUAUGUCGAUGACAUACUAGUGCAAGGAACGAGCGGGGAAGAGGUGAAGGAAGUUCUAGGACAGCUAAUACAGCACAUGAAAGGGUUCAGAUGGGAAAUUAACCAAACGGUGAAAUUUCUAGGAAUCAUCUGGAACAAAGGGGAAAGGGAAGUGGCAGAAAAAGCUAAGGCUAAAAUUGCUAACUUUCCAGUUCCACACACCAAGGCAGAUGCUAGGAAAUACAUCGGGUUGUUUGGAUUUUGGAGGAAUCAUAUUCCUCAUUUGGGACAGAUACUUCAACCUCUCUACAAAUGCACUAAGAAAAAGGAGGACUUUAGUUGGGGAGAAGAACAACAGCGAUCAUUUGAUAUGGUGAAGGAAGCGAUACAGCAAGCAGUGUCAUUGGGAAAAAUGAAAUCGGGACCGGUAGAAUUACAGGUGUCAGCGUUAAAUGAGUACGCUAACUGGAGUUUGUGGCAAAAGCAAGAUAGGAUUCGUAAACCCUUGGGAUUCUGGUUGAGAAAGCUCCCAGAAGCAGGCCUAAGGUACACACCUUUUGAAAAGCAGCUAUUAGCAUGCUAUUGGGCAUUGGUUGAAAAUGAGGAAAUGUACCGGUGUCAAAAUGUUAUACAAGAGAGAACUAAUCACAUGUUUGUAGUAUGCACUAUUUGUAGUAAUACAGAUGCCGUGGUGGUAUUUGCUGAUUGGAAGACCAUCAUCGGAGAGGCGCCAUGGCCGGACCAGGGAAGACCGAGGGCCCAAGAGGUGGCAGUGUCGUCUGCUGGGUCACGCGUAUCCUUGUCCUUGGUGCCAUGGUCCAACUCUGCUGCGCAAUGACGGAGGGUGACAAAUUGGAGCAGGUCCAGUGGCUCCGCAUAAGAUGGAAAAGCAGUACCCGGGACCGUACUCAAGGAGGCUACACCUGUCCAGUUUACCAAACUUGCGACGUGGUAAACGUCACCAGCAAUUGUCAGAUGUGGAAGUGCAAAAGGUGCCUUGGAGGAAAGGACAUUCCGGUGGUGGAACAAGGAUGCAACUUAACCGUUACUUCAGUUGUCUCCAUGUGCCACUACAACAGGACGACCGAGACCUGCAAUGAGCACAACUGGACGAGGUGGACAAUUACCGUAAAAGAAACUCUGUUUUUUUUAACAGCGCUGAAAUCUCGGGACGGAACACAUUUUUGUAUAUAAUAUGGGUGUUACCUGGGAAACCUAAUGCUAUAAGAACACACAUAGCACCAGUAUUAGAUACCUGUACACACAUGGCACAAGCCAGGGUUAAAACCCGAGUGUACUGGGAAAUAAAAUUCCCCGAUAUACCACACUGUACACGAAGACGUAGAGCUUGGUAUGAUACUCUCUUAGGAGGAACGGGAACACUGUAUGGUGUAGCUAAUGCUGCAGAUAAUGAAGUAACCAGAACAAUGUUAUCUAACACAGGGCAACAUGCAUCGGAGGCUAUACAUCAGGUAGGGUUAUAGCUUCCAAAAGCUAUGGUAGGGCAAUUGGAAAACACAGGUGUUUGGAAAAAGGCAUUUACGUGGGAGUUAAAUUUAUGGAAUGAAACGUAUGAUGCGUUAAAGAAUCUAUCACAUAUAGGUAAUUGGACAACCUGUGCAUUGCAAAUGAUACAUGCGGAAGCUCAAAAAGAGCGAUUCCAGAGAAUAAUGACAACGGGAAAUUAUCACGAAUGGAGACGGAUUUGGAAUAUUAGUAGCAAACUUUGGUUACAAUUACACUCGGAGCGAACAAAAUGCAACAGUACAUAUGCUGGGUAUUGGACUCAGUACAAUGUGUCUACUGUCAAAACGAUAUGUAAGUAUCAAGUAUUACCGGUGAUUACUGCCACAGGAUUUUGGUUUCUACAUCUGGAUGGAGAGUGGAUGGAUGUGGGAACUAAUACAACUUAUGAGAUGAAAAUGUGUGACGAAACACACAGAGGAAUGGCGUGUACAUUACAACAGGGACACAGCAAUCCAUGUUUAACCGACUCAGAGGCUGUACUUUGUGAUUGGACGAGGGAGCCACGAAGGGAGAUGUGGCAAAUCGGACCACAUGCUCUAUGUGUGGCAACAAUGCAAAAUAAUUCACAAGUACCAUCGGUUCCUUUCGUUGGUUGCUUAUAUAAUGUGCACCUAUGGCAUUGGGGAAACCAGACGUAUCGUUUGACGAAUUACUCUGUGUCUAAUCGGCUGACACAAGUACAAUGGGAUGUACUAAAGAAUCCCUGGAACCUCUCACUGGAGCGUUUCAAAUGCGCAUUGGAACAAUCCACUGAAGUUCAGAAAAUUAUACAGUCACAUACGUCUAACAUCUCCAAGCUCAUGGUGUCCACAUUAGUAGGCAGCAGACGGGUACAACAUGCUGCUAAAAUAGUACAACAGUCCUCAGCCCAUCACUGGUGGGACAUCUUUUCAGGGAUGUCAGUCACUGCUAGGAGGACUUUGGUGCCCCCUCUGAUUCUGUUGGUUAUUAUAAUAAUAUUGCUAUCACUAUGUAAUCACAGAAACCUAACGUUGCGGGAAUUAUGGUCCAUGUUCUUUCAUGACAUCAUGAAUCACACUGGAAAUGGAAUAGUGUUACCAUCGACGUUUGACGGGUAUAUCAACUAAUAUGUGAAGCCUCAAGAGUGGAAUGAAAGGAGUGUUAAUUAGUGAUGCUUCCCAUAACCGUUGAAUACCCGAAUGUAUUGUAUCUCACUUGUUUUAUCUGGUUCAAAGACAACAUUGUAUUGUAUCUCACUUGUUUUAUCUGGUUCAAAGACAACAUGUAUGUGGGAUAUCUUGACUGUUAUCUCACUUGUUUUUCUAGUCAAGACGUCUCAACCGUUUCACACUCACUUGUUAUCUGGUUCAAAGACGACCAUUGUUGUGGGAUAUCUUGAUUGUUAUGUUUCUCAGAGCCUGAAGGACACACUUAGGUGUCAAAUGUAAAUUGGCUACAAUUGUUGCGGCGCCAGGUGGGACGGGUAGGCCACCCGCCCUUUCUCUCGCACGCAACUGAAAAGUAUAAUAGAGAGUACAAACAGGUAGAGUCUGCUGCGGGUUUCGUACGAACACCCAGCUGGUUGACAAAACGGACCUCUACCUGGGUGACGGCUCUCCACCUUCUCGGCAUAGGUAAGGGGCUCAUAUGAUUGAUUUCACGCAAUGUCAACCGUGUUUUGAGAACUUGCAUUUGGUCGAAAUAAAUAUGCCAGUUAUUGAGGCUAAAUAGCAUUUGGGAACGUUGGUCUUUUGUUGAGUGUCAUCUUUGUCUCCUGAGCGCCGACCAGCACCGAUCCUCUCAAUAAAACACCCCAUAAAUCUGGUGUCAGAGAUUGGUCCGCAUUGAAGAUGAUGUGGUUCUUUUGGCUUCAUCAAGCUGUGAUCUCCAAUUCUCACUGGAGUGGUUCACAGCAGAGUGUGAAGCGGCUGAAAUGAGAAUCCACACCUCCAAAUCGGGGACCAUAGUUCUCAUUCAGAAAAAGGGUGUGUGCCCUCUCCGGGUUGAGGAUGAGAUCCUGCUCCAAGUGGAGGAGUUCAAGUGUAUUGGGGUCUUGUUCACAAAUGAGGGAAGAAUGGAGCAGUCGAUCCCACAGGCAGUGCAGCGUCUGCAGUGAUGUGGAUUUUGUAUUGGUCUGUUGUGGUAAAGAGGAAGCAAAGUCAAAAGGCGCAGCUCUCAAUUUGCCAGUCGAUCUGCGUUUCUACCAUUACCGAUGGGCACUAGGUAUGGGUCGUGACAGAAAGAAAAAGAUGCCAGAUACAAGCAGUCGAAAUAAGUUUCCUGCGCAGGGUGUCUGGGUUAGAUAUUGGGUGAGAAGCUCGGUCAUCCGAAGGGGCUCAGUGUCAACCCGCUGCUCCUCCGCAUUAAGACUAGUCAGAUGAGGUGGCUGGGGCAUCUGAUCCAGAUCCCUCCCGGACUCCUCCCUGGUGAGGUGUUUCGGGCAUGUCCCACCGAAAAGAGAUCCCGGGGACGGCCCAGGACACGCUGGAGAGACUGUUUCUCAGUUGGCCUGGGAAAGCCUCUUGAUCCCUCUGGAAGAAGUUGCUGGGGGAAAGUGAAGUUUGGGUAUCCAUGCUGAAGCUACUUCCCCCGCGACCUGACCCUGAGAAGCGGUAGAAAAUGGCUGGAAGGAUGGAUCAUUGCCUUUCUUUUCAUCCGUAUUAAAAAAAAAUUAAUGUAUCUUAUGGGCUUGUUUACUGUACUUCAGAUCGCCUGCUAAUACUCCCUGCACACACUCUGACAAUGAGAGGAACUACUGGAGUGGAUGUACAAUUCCACUUUAUUCUAGUCAUGCAAAAAAAAAAAAAAAAAAUCCCCACCUCUCCCUCCUGGCAUAGACUUUUUGCCAGACACACUAUUUGAGAAGGGCCACUUUGAAUUAACUUACUCGGAAUAGAUGUAGUUUUGUAUGGAGCACCAAGAGUGCAAAAUUCCAAAGUCGGAUGUCAUGAAGACUGUCAGGUUUAAGCAGCCUAAGACAUUUAAAGUACGAUUUCUCAAGGAAGGAAGACAAGAGGAACUUGUGGCUCACGAGGACAACGUGGUUAGGGUUAGAUUCAAAUCCAGCUGCCACUUUGUCACCCAAUGAACACCACGGGGAACACCAAUGCGCAUAAGCAGUGCUCCUUGUUCCCCUAUUUGUCGGACUUGACCAUGGGAUGUUUAUAAAUUAAAAUUUGGAUCAUCAUCGCAUGCAUGACAACCCAAUUGUCGAUCAUUUAGGUUUCGGAUUGUCAUAGGUUUUUCAUGGCAGGACAACAUUCUGACACCCCACAGAUAUCUCAAAAGCAGGAAGGAUGUUAUGAUGGUUGUGACCACUCCACAGCAUCCAUGAUGGGACGUAAUCACUUUUGGUUAGGUAUUUCAUUAAGGUGUCCCUAUAGGUUUGGUGUCUUUGAAUUUUUUGACUGGGUGUCAGCUAUCUUGGGAUACUAUAAAUCUCCACCCAGCUGGUUAACCAGUCUUUAGCUGACCACCCCAAUCGGAUCCUCGGCUGAAAUUACCUUUUUGGAAUCUCCCAAAUGAAUCCAAGUCAACCUAAUUUUACAGCUGUUGAGUGUUCAACAAAACCUGAAAUGGAUAUUCCAACCUAGGCAAACACCAGUGCCUUUUUAUGCUUCACACCAGGAUCCAGUCUCCUGGCUCCACAAUUGUGGAGUCCCAUUGACAUCGAUACAUUAGGAUGCUCUGUUGUAAAGAGUUUUAUCCAUUUUGAGAAUGCAUCUUUUAUGACCAAGCAAUACUUUUUUUUAAAGAUUGUAUCAGGUAAAUCCAAUUUGACAUUCGUUAAAUACCAAGUAAUAAGGAGAGAAGACCUGUUUUCUGUUGCUUGAGCUCAAGGAGAACGAAGAAGUACUGCAAAGUACAAUUCUUUAAUAUGUUCUAAAGCAGUCUUACUUGAAACCUCUCUUUUCAUUAGAUUUAGGAGGUCCCUACCAACGGUAACAAAUCCAAAGAGUGGGGGGGAGCAAAAAUAUGUUUGUGUGACUAUGUAUCUGUAAGUUGUUGGAAAGUUACGAUAUGUAAACUAACAAAUAUGUACGUUAACUACAUAUGUGCUGAGUAAAGCGUCUUUACGUGCAGAAGCAUUCCCAUCA